AUGGCUGGCAAGGAAGCUACACGGCAGAGGCACCUUAACCAGGAUACUGAUGGUGAAGAGUCAACGUCAGUGCAGGCUGAAGCCUGGAAGAUCCGCUACGAGACGUGCUGGCUGCACCGGCGCUGCUCCUCGCUGCUCCACAAGGACAAGCAGGCUCGGAAGGCCGGGCAGCUGUUCUCAGGGCUGCUGGCCAUGAACGUGGUGUUCCUGGGCUGCGCCUUCAUAAGCAGCAUGAUUUUCAACAGGGUGGCGAUUACCUUGCGCGACGUCGGGAUCUUCCUCUCCAUCCUCAAGCUCCUUUCUCUCUGCUGGAUCAUUUACUACUUGCUGUGUACCAGCAGGAAGCCUCAUGCUGUGCUGUACAGGGACUCCCAUGCCGGACCAGUCUGGGUGCAGGGGUCUCUAGUGCUGUUUGGAGCCUGCACCAUCCUCCUGCAUGUGUUCAGGAUCGGCUACAUCAUCAGCCACAUACAUUGCAAAUCCCCACUGGAAAUCCUGUUCCCGUGCACAGAAAUCAUCUUCAUUUGCAUUCAGACGUACCUUUUAUGGCACCACUCUAAGGACUGCACUCAAGUCCAGCACAACCUCACCAGAUGUGGACUGAUGCUGACCAUGGCCACAGACCUCCUUCUCUGGCUGUUAGCAGUGACCAACGACUCUGUUCACAGGGAAAUUGAAUCUGCACUCAAAGGCAAUGAGUCCAGCUCAUGCACGUGUCCAAACACAACAGCCUGCCUCAUCCUCCAGAAGGGCUAUGUCUUGCUGUAUCCCUUCAACCCGGAAUACUGCCUCAUCGGCAGCUCCAUGCUGUACGUCAUGUGGAAGAAUGUGGGCAGGCGCAUCCCUCCCCACCACGCCAUUCAUGCCAAGCCCAAGUUCAAGCUCCGUGGUGUCAUUUAUGGGCUGGUGCUGGGCAUAUCUACAUUGUUCAUAGGGAUCUGCAUCUUCAUGACCUACCAGAUCCAGGCUACCAGCUCAGCACCUAGCCAGGAGACCCUUGUGCUUUAUUAUUCCUACUAUGUCGCGCUUCUGCCGAUGAUGACUGUGGGUGCCUUGGCUGGGACGGUCAUCCAUGGCUUGGAAGAGCGUGAGCUAGAUACUCUGAAAAACCCAACCCGAAGCCUGGACGUGAUCCUGCUCAUGGGAGCAGCCCUAGGCCAGAUUGGCAUUUCUUACUUCUCCAUUGUCGCCAUUGUGGCCACCAACCCUGGAGACCUGCUGGACAGACUCAGCCUGACCUAUGCGGUCAGCCUCAUCAUUCAGCACAUCACGCAAAACAUCUUCAUUAUAGAGGGGCUUCACCGGCAGCCUUUGGAGACCACGCCACCCCCUGGCAACAAAGAGACUGAAGCAAAAGAAGGUGAGAAGCAUGAAAACUGUGACCCGAGAAGAGUUUACCCGCUAGAGAUAAGACAGGAGCUCAGGAGGGUUUCACAUACCUACAGACAUACCUACGGCCGCCUGAACUGGAAGAGGAAAGCCCUAAAGGAGAUCUCAAUCUUCUUGGUCUUGUGCAACAUCAUACUGUGGAUCAUGCCCACGUUCGGGAUGCACCCUGCCUUCGAGAACGGGCUGGAGAAGUCAUUUUACGGUUACUCCACCUGGUUUGCCAUCGUGAACUUCGGCCUGCCCCUGGGUGUGUUCUACAGAAUGCACUCCAUCGGGGGGCUCCUGGAGGUGUAUGUGUCAUCUUGA